AUCAUCCGCCAACGACUCGAUGACGUCGACGCGGUGCCCGCGCGAGAUGGCGGCGUCGCCGCAUCGCAUGCCGCUCGUGCAGAAGCAGAAGCGCGUGCACGUGGGCACGACCAACCUCCUGCGCGCCUCAUCGUCGCCGCUCUUGCCGACGCCCAAGCUCUCCGGCCUCUCGGGCGCCAUCUACGGCCGCGAGCCGGCGAUGUCGCCACCGACGCCGGUGGCGCGAGCCCGGACGCCGACGCCGCUGCAGCCGCGACCGCACACGACUGCCAAUGCACCGCAGCCCGCACCGAGAACACCAGCGAUCGAUAAGACCAACCCCGUGACGCAAGCGCUCUUUGUGAAGAACCGCAAUAAGCUCCGCGCGCGCGUCGCGACCCGCUUUGGCUCGAUGCGCGCCAUGUUCCGCGCGUUCGACGAGUCGGGCUCGGGCAACAUUACGUUCGAGCAGUUCCACAAGUCCAUUUCGUUUCUCGGGCUCGACAUGGCCGAAGACGACCAGCGGCUCUUGUACCAAAUGGUCGACACGAACGGCAACAACUUGAUCGACUUUGCCGAGUUUUCAGAAAUGUUUGAGGCCGAGCCGAUGCUUAAGAGCUUUGAGAGCACGACGGCCGCGCUCAAGACGCGGCCACCGCCCUUGGCCGUGACGCCGCGCACCAAAGCGCGCAUCGCCGCGUUCCAGUUUGAGCUCUCGGAGAAGCUCUUGACCAAGCACGUGUCACAGCAAGUCGCAUACGGUAGCACCUCCAAAGUGCUCUUAAACGCGUUCCGGCACAUGGACCACGACGGCGACGGAUCCUUGACGUACGACGAGCUCAAGGCCGCACUCGGACAUGGCAUGCUCGACCUGGACAUGGACCCGAUCGAGCUGGACGCGAUGAUCGCGACGAUCGAUGCCGACCAGAACGGAUACGUUUCCUUCAAGGAAUUUAUCAACUAUUUUUCGAGCCAACCGGAAGGCGCGGAUCGGGACCUUUUCCUGCACGGCCGCCAGCGCGAGCUCACGCAGCUCGAGGCGCGUGCCAAGACGGUACCGAGUCCGCGUCCAAUCUUUGAAGACCUUGACGGCCCGGUACCCGUCGUUGCACCGGUCAAGCUUCGCGACGUCGAGAGUCUCCCGGGAUGUCUUCCCGAGCAGCUCUGCAAGCGCACGUCAGCGCUAGUGCUAAGUCCGCCAAAACCAGAUACCGCGCUGAGCACGUCGGCCAGCGUGCCCGAAGACCUCAGCGCGUACUUUGCGACGCUCGGACCCGUCGUGCCACCACGGAGUCGGCACCGAAAAGAAGUCACAGAUUGGAGUCGCGUCGGUGUCGGUGGUGCUUGGCCCGCGAACGAGUCGCCAGCGUACCUCCCGCCAGAAGACCGCUUCAAGACCACCAACAUGGAGCAGUUCAGCCCCGAGAAGAGUGCGCGCGCGGGGCUGCCCGAGGCCGAUUUGCAGCGCGCGAAAGCACGACUCGCCGCGCGCCACGAGCGCACGUACCACAACAUCCUUCGCAUGCAGCACAACGCCGAGUUCCGCGCCAAGCACGCGUCCUGGGAAGAAAAGGCGCGGGUGCGCGCCAAGUCCCACCAGCGCCUCGUGUACAGCAGCGGUGUCCUCGAGCGCGACGAGAAGCAGUUUGACCACUCGACGCGCAUGCCCAAGAAGGCCGGCGGCGCGAGCUACCAUCGGAUGUGGGCCGGCAGCCUCGAGUCGCAGUUCAACACGCAGCCGUGGGGCGUCCUUCCGCCUGAAAAGACCUAG